AUCAAGCCCCUAGGCAUGCAGACUGCUUCUACAAACAUUUGUGAAAGAAUGGGUCGCUCUCAGGAGCUCAGUGAAUUCAAGUGUGGUCCCGUGAUAGGUUGCCACCUGUGCAAUAAGUCCAUCCAUGACAUUUCCUGGCUACUAAAUAUUCCACGGCCAACUGCUAGUGGUAUUAUAACAAAGUGGAAGCAACUGGGAUCAACCGCAACUCAGUCAUUUAGGUGGUAGGCCACAUAAAAUGACAGAGCGGGGUCAGCGCAUGCUGAAGCGCACAGUGCGCAGAAGUCACCAACUGUCUGCAGAAUCAAUAGCUAAAGACCUCCAAACUUCAUGUGGUCUUCAGAUUAGCACAACACUUGUACACAGUGUGUAGAGAGCUCCAUGGAAUGGGUUUCCAUGGCCGAGCAGCUGCAUCCAAGUCUUACAUCACCAAGUGCAAUGCAAAGCAUCAGAUGCAGUGGUGUAAAGCACGCUGCCACUGGACUCUAGAACAGUACUUGCCUGACUGCAUUGUGCCAAGUGUAAAGUUU